AUUGUCUCAAUUAUUUUGGAAUCUUUGUUUUUUUGGAGUCAAGAAAAGAGAAUUGUUUUGCUUCAUUCAGUGAUUAUUCUUGUUUGCGAAUUACUGUUAGCAUUCAACAGGUGAUCGAUCAUUCUUGUUUGCGAAUUACUCUUAGCAUUCAACAGAUUUCAGAAAUGGAGGUUGUCGUAGCAAUUGGUGAUGCUUUUCUCUCUUCAGCUUUCGAUGUUCUCAUUGAUAGGCUUGCUCCUGAGGGUGAUCUUCUCAAAAUGUUUCGGAAGCAUAAGUAUGAUGUUGAGCUCUUAAAGAAGCUGAAAUUGACUUUGCUUGGUCUUCAAGCUGUGCUAACUGAUGCAGAGAAUAAGCAGGCAUCAAAUCACUUUGUGAGAGAGUGGCUUAAUGAGCUUCGACAUGCUGUAGACUCUGCUGAAAACUUGAUUGAACAAGUCAAUUAUGAAGCUUUGAAGCUUAAGGUGGAAGGUAAGCAUCAAAAUCUUGCAGAAAAAAUAUUGAAAUAUUGUAGAUUUUGCAACGUGUGCUUGGGUGAUCAUUCUUUUCUUAACAUAAAUGAAAAGUUGGAGAAGACUAUUGAAACAUUGGUGAAUUUGCAAAAUCAAAUUAGUGACCUUGGCUUACAGAAACAUUUUGGUUUGACUAAACAAGAAGCUAGAACACCUUCAACUUGUUUGGUUGAUGAAUCUGAUAUCUUUGGUAGGCACAAAGAAAUAAAGGAUUUGAUUGACCUUUUAUUGUCUGAAGAUGCAAGUGGACGAAACCUCACUGUAGUUCCUAUUGUAGGAAUGGGCGGUGCGGGUAAGACAACACUAGCUAAAGCGGUUUACAAUGAUGAGAAGGUGAAGAAUCAUUUCAGUUUGAAAGGUUGGUAUUGUGUUUCUGAGGCAUAUGAUGCUUUGAGAAUAACCAAAGGGUUACUUCAAGAAAUUGGCUCAUUUGAGUCAAAGGAUGACGGUAAUUUUAAUAAGCUACAAGUCAAAUUGAAGGAAAGCCUGAAGGGAAAGAAGUUCUUUGUUGUCCUCGAUGAUGUGUGGAAUGAUGACUAUAAUGAGUGGGAUAACCUGAGAAAUGUUUUUGUACAAGGAGGUAUGGGAAGUAACAUCAUUGUAACUACACGUAAGGAGAGUGUUGCUCAGACGAUGUGUACUGAUCGUUGCACAAUCACUGUGGGGAAUCUGUCUAGUGAAGACUCUUGGGCUUUAUUCAAACGAUAUUCACUAGAAAAUAGGGAUCAUCCGGAACUUGAAGAGGUUGGGAGAAAAAUUGCAGACAAAUGCAAAGGGUUGCCUUUAGCUCUAAAGGCACUUGCUGGUGUUUUACGCUGCAAAUCAGGGGUGGAGGAGUGGAGAAACAUUUUAAGAAGUGAAAUAUGGGACCAGCGUUUUUUGAAUGAUAUAUUACCAGCAUUGAUGUUGAGCUACAAUGAUCUUCCUGCACAAUUGAAGCGAUGUUUUGCUUUUUGUGCAAUAUAUCCCAAAGAUCAUGAAUUCUGGAAAGACCAAGUUAUUUACCUGUGGAUUGCUAAUGGUCUUGUAAAGCAGUUUUGUUCAGGCAACGAAUACUUUGACGAGUUGAGAUCAAGAUCUUUGUUUGAAAGGGUCCCAGAGUCUGAAUGGAAAUCGGAGAGAUUCUUAAUGCACGACCUUAUCAAUGAUUUGGCCCAAACUGCAUCUUCAAAAUUUUGUAUUAGGUUGGAAGAGAAAGGAUCUCAUGAUAUGUUGGAACAAAGUCGGCACAUGUCCUAUUCCAUGGGAGAAGGUGAUUUUGAGAAAUUGAAACGACUCUCCGAAUUAGAGCAGCUGAGGACAUUGCUUCCAAUCAAACUCAAUUACUCAGUUUACCUAAGCAAGAGGGUGUUGCAUAACAUACUUCCAAGACUGACAUCCUUAAGGGCAUUAUCAUUGUCUCAUUACUAUAUUUUUCAGUUGCCAAAUGACUUGUUUAUCAAAUUAAAGCUCCUCAGAUUUUUGGACCUUUCUCGGACAUUGAUUGAAAAGUUGCCAGAUUCCAUUUGUGUAUUGUAUAACUUGGAGACACUUCUCUUGUCAUCAUGCUAUUAUCUUGAGGAGCUACCGCUGCAGAUGGAGAAGUUGAUCAACUUGCGUCAUCUUGACAUAAGCAACAGCGUUCGCUUGAAGAUGCCGCCACAUUUGAGCAAGUUGAAAAGCCUCCAAGUCCUAGUGGGAGCCAAGUUUCUUGUAGGUGGUAGCGGUGGUUUGAGAAUGGAAGAUUUGGGUGAAGUACAUAACUUGUAUGGAUCUCUAUCAGUUUUCGAGUUGGAAAAUGUAGUUGAUAGAAGGGAAGCCGUGAAGGCAAAUAUGAAAGAAAAGGGACAUGUUAACAAGUUAUCUUUGGAGUGGAGUAGAGGUAGUUCUGCUUACGAUUCUCAAACUGAAAGAGAGAUACUUGAUGGGCUACACCCAUACACAAACAUAAAAGAAGUGGAAAUCACGGGAUAUAGAGGGACAAGAUUUUCAAAUUGGCUGGCUGAUCCUUCAUUUCUUCAGCUAGCAAAAUUGUCUCUUAGCGACUGCAAGGACUGUGAUUCUUUGCCAGCACUAGGACAACUUCCUUGUUUAAAAAUCCUUUACAUUAGAGGGAUGCAUGGAAUAAGAGAGGUGACGGAAGAAUUCUAUGGCAUUUCAUCCUCUAAAAAGCCUUUUAACUCUCUUGAGAAGCUUUUAUUUGAAGAUAUGGCGGAGUGGAAGCAAUGGCACGUAUUAGGAACUGGGGAGUUCCCUAUACUUGAGAAGCUUUCAAUUGAAAAUUGUCCCAAGUUGAUGGGGAAGUUGCCUGAAAAUCUUUUUUGUUUGACAGAACUGAGUAUUUCAGAUACAUCUCUUUUUGAUGAUGCUCAACUGUUUAGAUCCCAACUUGAGGGAAUGAAGCAGAUUGAGGUAUUAAUUAUUAAUAAUUGUAACUCUCUUACCUCAUUACCUUUUAGCAUAUUGCCCAGUUCCUUGAAGAGAAUAUCCAUAUCUGGUUGUCAAGAAUUGAAAUUGGAGGAGGCAGUUGGUUAUUGUAACAUGUUUCUUCAGGAAUUAUGUCUGAAUGCAUAUAAUUGUAUAGAUGAUAUAUCACCUGAGUUGCUCCCAAGAGCACGCUCUUUGAGAAUUGAGAAUUGUGACAACAUUACUAGCUUUUCGAUUCCUACUGCGACUGGAAGUCUCUUUAUUUCUUUUUGUGAGAAUGUUGAGAAACUAUCGGUUGCCUGCGGGGGGGCCCAGAUGACUUCACUGCAUAUUAGGGGCUGUAAGAAGCUCAAGUGGCUGCCAGAACGUAUGCAGGAACUCCUUCCAUCUCUUAAGAAACUGAUACUUGAUGAUUGUCCAGAAAUAGAGUCCUUUCCUCAAGGAGGAUUGCCCUUUAAUUUACAAGUCCUUCAGAUCCAUGAUUGCAAGAAACUGAUGAACGGACUAAACGAGUGGCAUUUACAGAGACUCCCCUGUCUCACACAGUUAUUCAUCAUACAAGAUGGGAGUGACGAAGAGAUUGUUGGUGGUGAGAAUUGGGAGUUGCCUUCCUCUAUUCAGAGACUUGAAAUAUCCAAUCUGAAAACAUUAAGCAGCCAACAUCUCAAAACCCUCACCUCUCCUCAAUAUCUAUAUAUUCAUAAUUCAACUCACAUUCAGUCACUAAUGGAACAAGGUGGGCUUCCCUCUUGUCUUUCUCAUCUACAUUUAGAAUACCAUGAUGAGCUCCAUUCACUGCAUCUUUGCCACCUCACUUCACUUUUAUGUCUACACAUCUCGAAUUGCCGUAAUCUCCAAUCACUCACCGAAUCAGCACUACCCUCCUCCCUCUCUCAGCUAGAGAUCUCUCAUUGCCCUAAUCUCCAAUUACUCUCCGAAUCAACACUGCCCUCCUCCCUCUCUCACCUGAUCAUCAGAAAUUGCCCUAAUCUCCAAUCCCUUCCAGUAAAAGGGAUGCCCUCUUCCCUCUCUACACUACAUAUUAGCGAAUGCUCAUUGCUCACACCACUACUAGAAUUUGACAAGGGGAAAUACUGGCCAAAUAUUGCUCAAAUUCCCAUCUUAUACAUCGAGGGGGAACACCUGUAAUGCUUAAAAGUACAAAUUGCGGAAUGUCUAAUGCUCAAACCAACAAGUGCUACUUUAAUAGAUUGAGGAGGUUGUGAUUUUCGAGUCAUACAACUGUCUGUUGUGGCUUCGUUGAGAUGAAGCAUGACUUGCUGCAAAUGAGACAUCCAGCUCUAAUGUACGUACCCAAAGGUCGGAUGAGGACAAGUCCAUGGUUGUUUACUCUUCAACUCAUUAUUCAGUAACAAUGUUGUGAUUUUCAAGUCGUACAGCUGUCUACUAUGACUUCUUUGAGAUGAAGUAGAACUUGCUGCAAAUGGAACCCAAAGGUACAUUGUUGAAAGCCGUUUAGUAAAGUGUAUAAGAAUAAUGCUAAACACAAUGUAUUAGUUACCGGGAGAUUAUUUUUUAUACAUUAUUUUAUUUGGUGUGUUAAAAAAUGACAUAUGUUGUAUAAUUUUAACUAUUUCUAUACUCAACUUUCUUUUGGUAUUAUA